AACCUCAACGGCUCGAUCGGCGGCGUCCGUAAGCACUUGUAAGCACGAGAACAACCGCGACGCACGCCAGUGUCUCGAACGCCGCGGACUGCGCGCGACCAACGAAGAAACGUGCCACCCGACCGGCCCGAAGACAUAUUAUUUCGACAUUCGAAACAUUGGUUUUUCGCAACCGUCGUCGCGCCGCGCAGUGUUCGCCGUUUUGUUUCCGCGUAGUUUCCCGUCUCUCGUUAUUUUCGCCCGAAACAAAAAUAGUUUACAACAAUACCUAAUAUUAUGGUCCAACGGUUUUUCUGAAGUACUAUAUACGAGUUUUUCAGUUAGACGUUCGUUUUGCUGUUGUUCUUCUCUCUCUCUCUCUCGAAAACCCGCGCGAAAACGCGCGGCAGUUCCAAACACCGAAAAUAACAUCGCUAUGGCCAUGUGAGUACUCAAAUAUUAUUGAAAAAAAUAAUAAUAAUAAUAAAAAAUGCGGGAAAAAAUUCGAAUUAUUCUCCAUGGUCGGCGUUGUUUUUUUUUUUCGCAGUUCGGAAAUGUGUAGCGGCGAGUCCAUCAUGGGUUCCAAGUUGAUGUUGAGUGGCGUCAUGAUGCAGACGGCAAAGGGCAAGGACCAGCCGUUGCUCAAGGAAGACUCACCCGAGCCCACGGCAAAGGCCACCAAAGGCAGUUCGUUCAAACAGGUAGGUCACUCUCUCGCCAUUCUCCCGCUUUUUUUUUUUAACGAUUUUUGUGCGUUUAAUCGCGUAAAAUGCGUUUAAUUUUUAAAAUUUUUUUUUCUACUCUUUAAGUUCGACGCGUCAAAACGAUAUUAUGUAACGUGACCUGUCGAAAUAACGUUUUUUUAUACAUUGUUGCCUGUAUACAGGAUGGUUCACUAAGCGUGCCCAUCCCAUUUUAGAUUCGGUUCCUAGCGAGGGAUCUAUUGAUUUUACUUUGAUGGUUUUUUUUUUCGUAUUCAUUUUUCUGCCUGUGAACAACUUUUCUAUAAGGAAUCUUGUUCCGAUAUAUAUAGAGCGCUGUACCUUUUCUGAACGGUAAUUUUCUCUGGUUUGCGCAUAGUAGAGGUAAUUUUUUGAUUUUCUUAAGGGUUUUCUAAACAAUUGAGAAUAAUCCGAAAGAAAAUUAUGACUGAAACGAUUAAUAUUUACGGCGUGCCGCUUUACCGUUUUACAUAAUUUUUGAUUUUCGCAAACUAUGCUUUCUACAAGAAGUGUUAGUAGUUUUCGUGUAACAGUUGGAAAAAACCAAAACAUUUGAAAUUGAUUAAUAAUCACGGCAACUUGACGUCCCGUAAUAAUAAUUUUAAUUUUUGCAAACGAUAUUUUCUACCGAAAAUCUUGCUCAGAUAAAUCAAAAAAAAGGACGAGUGAUUGAUGAUUUUGUUCCAUUUAACGAACGAGAAAAUAGAUGGCGUAUUAUAGUUAAAAUAAAUAUUGGUGUUAAUAUGUUUUUGAUUUCCGUCCAAACGAGAUAUUUCACUUUCAAGUUUAAGUAGGGAGAGAGUAGCGGAGUAGGGCAUUUGUGUGGAGGCACGGCGCGCGGCGUUUCAUUAGUGUCCCCCCCCCAAAUCAAAAUAUUUGAAUAUAAUAUGUAAAAUUUAACAAGAAAAAAAAAUGGAGUGAGCACGCUUAGUGAAUCAUUUUUAUACUAUAAUGUAUAAGUUAUAUAUAUAUAUAUAAAUUGUAUACGAUCCGAACGAACAAACAAGGUAACGGUAAUAAUAUUAUACAUAGAAUAUCGCGCGGUUAAAAAGAACUUUAAUGAAGAUGGGGACUUUUUUUUUAUCGAAAUAAACAUAUUAUUAUGCACAUAUUAUGGGUACAUAUUUUUAUACGGUACUCAAAGUAUAUUGUACUGCAACAUGAUAUUAUAUAAUAUUAUACUCAUUUGGAUAUUAUUAUGUUGUUUUAAUAUUGUACGCAACGAACAAUAAAAUACGUCGCACUCGUGCAAUGAAAAAUAUUUAAUUAUUGAACGGGUACCUAUUCUGAAGAAUAAAAAAAAAAAAAAAUGCAUAAUUGAUUUUUAAGCGUUUUCGCCAAUAAAAAUCAAAACGACUACAUUAUUGUCUAUAGUAGGUACGUAUGCGCGUUGAUGUAUAACUUCACGUGUACAAGUUUUCACGUAUCUACGUGAAAUUAACAUUCGAAUCUACAAAACCUCGGGUAGGUACUGAAAAAAAAAAUAAUAAUUCCGCGUAUACACGUGUACAUGUUGCAACCAUUCGCGUAUUUCACGUUAUUUUUCACGCAUUUUCACGACGUAUCCACUUGAUUAACGUGUGAAAUACGCGAACACGGUUAGUGAAUUCACGUGUAUAUACGCGAGUUCAGCUUUUGUUCACCACGGUUCAUUCCGUUUUCACGUAUAUUUAUUAAUUCACGUUUUCAAUCGACACAUGCGUAUCUAUAUUAUAUAUAUCAUAUAUUAUUAUAUUAUAGCGAAUUGUCCAACUCUGUCGCCCCCCUCCCCCCCCCCCGAACCUCGGAACACGAAGUUAACAGCGGAUGAUAUUAAAAAACCGUGUUAUUCAUCUAAUCCGUAUGUUAAUAUAAUAAUCAGUAUCUAUAGGUAUCGGUUAUAAAAUCGUGAAUAUAGUGUAUAUAAUACAUACAUACGUCGUAUAUGUACUAUUACGUAGUGUUGAUUACACAAGGUGUUUAUUACUAAGUAAAAAUAAAAUAAAAUUGUACAGUUUACAAUAAUUAUAUUUUUAGAACAAAAACCGUUGUCACAUAAUAUUGUUACCUUAUCGCAUUAUCAUGCGCGUAAAGAAUAAAAAUAAUUAUUUAUUAUUAUUAUCAGUUCAGGCCUAGGGAUUAUAUUAUGUACUAAAAACCCACCAAAAAAAUGAAAGAAAAAAACGUUUAUAAAAUCCCUGAAAAUAAAUGUAAAAAUGCAAAAAAUGGCAGAUGAAUUUUAAAACACUUUUCCAGUGAGUGAAAUGUUUCAAUAUUCUCACGCGUAGUAUUUUUAAAAAUCAGAUUAGUACACAAAUGCAUUUUGCCUAAAUACAUAUCGGUAUAUUAUAUCAAAUUAUGUCAUACUCUUAUCUUGUUCAUGCACAAUUGAAAGGGGAACACAUUGUAUUCCAAAUUACCAACAGUUGGUUAUUUAAAAGAGAAAAGUCUAUCAAAAUGUCUAUUGUAAAAGUCUUUUUGUAAUUAUAAUUGUUCGAUUUUUGUUGAUUUCUGCAUAUAUUUGUUAAUGCAACAAUGCAAAUAUGCACUCCGCUCAGAAUCGUUUUUUCGUUUGCAAUGAUUCAUCGUUGUAUAUAAACCAAGGUCAUCUAGACAGGUGAUAUAAACUAAUUUUCCCUGCAUAAACUUCGUGACACGUAUAUGUAUAGUAACUACCUUCAGAACUAUAUUAUGCCCACCUAUAACAGUGGUCUACUCGUGAGCAGUAUCAACUGUCAAAUAUUUUUCUUUUUCGUUUACCAAAAAAAAUUCACUAUUAAAACUAUUUACCAAACCACGAAAAUUUCGCGCGUUUUUUCAAAGCAAAAAAUUUUUAGUUUUUAUUGUGCCCACCGAAAUCAUCGCUUCCGGUGCUUUGUGCUCGUAUUAACGGUGCGUUAAUACGAGUACAAACGGUUUGUUAACAUUUUUAAUAACAGCAGUCAACUACGAUGUGAUAAUAACUUAAUACAAUUACUGUUUAAACUGUUAAAAACUGCUAAAACAAAAUAUUAUUCUUUUUCAGAUCCUCGUCGCCCUGUCGGCAAACUGGGGCACCAUAAACACCGGGCUCGUGUUCGGCUACACCGCCGUCAGUCUACCCCAACUGGCUCUGCCGGAUUCCCGUAUCCUCGUCAACAGGAACCAAGCCUCUUGGAUAGGUGAGUUUUUCGCCCCUGACUAACAAUAUAACCAAAGUUCCUUCGCAAGUUACCCAAGUACUGCUACUAUUAUAUUCUCGCCCUGUAAAAUAAUUUCGUGCCUCUUUUUCGGGUUUCGUCUCCGUGAAAAAUUGUCUUACGCCCGACGUGUUACAGCUAGCGUGUCGACCAUCGGGACCCCGUGCGGUUGCAUACUUGCCGGUUACCUGACCGACCUGAUCGGCCGCAAAUGGACACUGAUCGUGUUGCAGUUGCCCGCCAUCGUCGGAUGGCUAAUGGUAGGCUACGCGACGUCCAUCGAGUGGAUUUACGUUGGCAGAUUCCUGGUGGGGCUGAGUUCCGGCAUGAUCGGCGCACCGUCCCGCGUGUACACGGCCGAAGUUUCGCAGCCGCAUCUCCGGGGCGUGCUGGCCGCGUUCGCAUCUGUCGGGACCUCACUGGGUAAGCGAGCCGGAGUUUCAAAGAAAACUGCUAACAAUAAAACUCAAAAUAAAGAGGACCGACCGUUUAUUUAAUUUGUCUUCGAUAUGUAUUCAGGUGUCAUGUUGGAGUAUCUGUUCGGUUCGUACUUGAACUGGGACCAGUUGGCGUAUUUCAACGCCGCCAUACCCACGGUCGCAUUGUUCUUGGCGUUCUUCAUACCGGAAUCGCCAUCUUGGCUGAUAUCGUCCAAAAAGGACGAGGUCCGGUGCCGGGCCAGCCUCCGGAGGGUCCGGGACAACAAGUGCGACGUGGACACCGAAGUCAACGAUCUCAUUAUGUUCUCCAAGGCGAACGAUUCGACCACGUUCAAUGAAAAGUUACAGCUCAUCUGCAGGCCGUCUACGUACAUGCCUUUAGUGAUCCUGUCCCUCUACUUCCUGCUCAGCCAGUUUUCCGGGUUGAACAUAGUUACGUUUUACGCCGUCGAAGUCAUAAAGGUCAGCUUAGUUUUUACGUAUUUAAUAAUAAUAAUAACAAUAACGGUAACAAUUCGAUAUUUUCGUCUACUAAACACACGGUCGUAAUAUGCGUUUCAACAGGACUCUGGGUCUACCAUCGACAAGUACAAGGCCACCGUCGUGUUGGGCAUCAUCAGGUUGAUAUUCACCGUCAUCGGCUGCAUUCUGAUGCGACGGCUGGGCCGGAAACCGCUCUCUUACAUAUCGAGUAAGACAGUGUUUUUUAUAUACUGCCCGCACCUAUACCCCAGUGAUCUAACCUCCUAAACUUGUCACAGGCGUUGGAUGCGGAGUUUGCAUGCUGUCCCUGGCCGCCUACAUGUACCGAAACGCGUCGUUGGCGGCCGACGGCCUGCCCGCCACGGCCACGUGGAUCCCGAUCAUGAGCCUGUUCACAUUCUACGCGUGCUCGACCAUCGGCUACCUGAUCGUGCCGUGGGUGAUGAUCGGCGAGGUGUUCCCCAGACAGAUCCGCGGAAUUAUGGGCGGCGUGUCCACGUGCAUAGGUCACUUCAGUACUUUCGUCGUGCUGCAAACGUACCCGCUGUUACAGGAGACGGCCAGCAAACCGGGCACGUUCGCCGUUUACGGAACCGUGUCGCUGGCCAGCACGCUGUUCUUCUAUUAUUUCUGCCCGGAGACCAAGGGCAAGACGCUGCAGGAAAUCGAAGAGUCGUUCGGCAAGAAAAAAGCGUCGAAAAAACGGAUCGACGCACCCAACGGCACCACCGUGAUCGCCGUGAGCUCGAGCCGCGUCUCAGCGGACACCGUCGCCGUCGCCGGCUUCGACGACGGCGUUCGUAGCUGCGACAACAACAAACAGUUUUCGUUCCCCGACAUCGUACACAAUUUACCGAAACGCGUGCCCCCCAAUCUGAUCGUGUGAUUUCCGUAAUAUCAUCGUCAUCGGCACUGCCCGUGUUCGGAAGGUUUUAUUUUCAUUUGUUUUUUUUUUUUUUUUUCUGUUCAGAAGAAAUGUCGCCACCGCCGACCAGUUCCUUUGAAUACCAUUCGUCCGACUGUCCGUCGGCGGCGUCCGCUUGACCGAGACGCCGCCGGAGACUGUAAUAUUCCCAAAAAUCGCGCGACAUUAAAUUAUUAUUAUUAUUAUUAGUAUUGUUUUCAGCGGCGUUUGCGUGGACCGUGCCGCGUCCGUCAGCAAUAUUAUCACAUUGUUAAACGCGCGUCGCCGCAUUAUUGUUUACCGUAUAAUAUUAUUAUUUUUAUUGAAUCGAUAAAAUAUUUUUGUCUCGAUAAUGUAGCCGUUUUUAAGACUGACUAAGUAUGAUUUAUUUUACGCUGUAUAAUAUUAUUCAGGCGACUACAUUACCUAUAAGAGCAUAUUAUUAUUGUCAUAGUUAUAGAAAAAAAAAAUUACAUUCAUACGGUUGUAAUGUAUUAUGUGUAUUACGACCGAUUUAUUUAUUUAUUAUUAUUUUUAAUUUUUUUUUUAAUACAAUAUUGUAAUAUACGUACAAUAUAAUAAUGUACAGAUACGUUUUAAACGGUUUUCAGUGAUAUUAUAAUAAUAUUAAUAUAUUCGUAUAAAACAAUUAUUAUAUUCGUUCAUUAGAAGCUAAUAUUAACAUCGUAUGUAUAAUAUUAUGUUUACGUAUGCAUCAUUUCGAUAUUUCCGCCAAUUCAAUCGUUUAACAUAGUAAUACAUUGGCCAAUUGACAUUGUAUACUACAAUCGUUUUAAUAAAAUGUUAAAUUAUCGGCUUUGUUGUACGGUUUUUCGCCUGCUAGCAGUCGUCGGAAAAAUAUGGUCAAUUUCUACACACCCCUCGCCCCCCCCUCUCUUCCCCUUAAUUGGAAUCUCAGAUUCUCCGAAAUGUCCAGGUACUCCUCGAUCAGAUAUCAUGCGGAUUACAACAAGUAACCAGAAGUCGUUCACACUCACCCGGACUAUUAUUCAUAGUCCUUAGUCCCACGGACUAAAAUUGUGUGUAGUACGGCGCAUUUUGUUUUAUACGAAAUAUUAAGUGUUCAGUACGAAAUUAAAAGUGCUCAGUGACUAUAUUAUGAUAUUUAUUUGUAUUCGUUUGUAAUUUUACAUUUUUUUCACACACUGAAUUAAUAUGUGGAAAAAAAAAAUUCUAAAAAGACCGUCAUACUUCGUAUGAUGGGUGGACCACUAUUGUAGGUGAGAAGUUUACAAGGUAGGAUGAAGAGAGGAAUUUAAUUCAUAGUUGUAAGCAACCAUAAACUACAGUUAACGAAAAACGAUUCGAAGCGAAAUUAAUUUUAUAUACAUGUAUUUAAAUCGUUCCCGUUUCCCCUACGUUUUUACCAAUUAUUAUGAAAACCGCUGGGAAAAUCAAAAAAUGAUCCUCUAGAGUACUGCCAGACAAAAAUGCACAAUAUGAUAUACAUUUUUAAAUUCGGAGAGUAGCGAGGAAUAUAUUGGUUUUAAAAUGAUGUUUAUUAUUACUAUUAUUUUUUGGUCUGUGAACAACUUUUCUACCAGAAAUAUUGCUCCGAUUUACAAGUGUAGCAUUUUUUCUGCAUAUGUAGUAUGUAUAUGUAUUUUACCAUAAUAUGUCACAUAUUAUAUCGUUGACAAAAAAACACUAUCAACUGAACUCCGCUUAGAAUCGUUUUUUCAUUAGCAAUGGUUUAUUGUUACUACUUGCUUAAAAAUAUACAUUAAAUUCCCGUCUAUGUCUUACCUUCCCAAAUCGAUAUUUUGAGAAAGCAAUUUAUUCUUCUCUUCAACAAAUAAGUAAAUAAUUUACUCAUCCAGAGGCGUCUCUAGACCUUCACUUCGGGGGAGGGGAGGAGCGAAAUAUUUAAAUUCAUUAUUAAUGAUUGAUAAGAAAAAAAGACGGACAUACUUCGCACAAUGGAUGGACCACUGUUAUGGAUGAGAAAUAGAAAAUAUAGGAUAUUGAGAGAAAUUGAAUGUACGCGGUCUAGCUAUUAAAUAAUGAGACUGCUUAUGAAAAAUGGUUUUAUUUUAAAAAUUAUUCCACAAACAAAUGUUCCCCUUCAAUAUACUCUCCUCCCCUCUUCACACACCGUUUCAUUCGUUUCUUCCAUUGCUCGAGGCAGUGCUCGAAGUCUGUUUUCGUAAGACCAUUCAGGAGUUCCGCGGAUUUUUGUUUCACCUCUUCCAUCGACUCAAACCGGAUUCCUUUAAAGGCAAACUUUAUCUUCGGAAACAAGUAAAAGUCGCAGGAUGCCAAGUCGGAUGAGUAAGACGCGUGUUCGAGUACUGGAGUGCCUUAAGCGGCCAAAUAACGCUUCACAGACAGCGCGUUAUGGGCAGGCGCGUUAUCCUAGUGCAAGAUCCACGACUUGUUUUUCCACAAUAUCGACCGUUUCUUACGAACUCAUUCGCGCAAUGUUGCCAAAACUGUCAAAUAGUAAUGUUGGUUCACAGUUUGACCCUCUGGAACCCAUUCAGUCAUCACGAUGCCGUUGAUAUCGAAGAAAACGAUCAGCAUAGUUUUGAAUUUGGAUUACGACUGAAUUGAAUUCCGGUGCACUCUCGACCUUCAGAAAAUAAUUUAUGCCACUCAAAAACACGUGCCCGAGAUAGGAAAUCCUCACUAUAGGCCUCUUUUAACAACUUAUAGCACUCAGUUUUUUUUUAGUUUAACGAGAAAAUUUUACGUUUAUCCGUUGCUCAUGUUUUUCGUCACACAUCGUUUUCGGCAAGAGAAAAAACAUGUUCGUUUCUAAACGCUACAGAAAAAAUACUAAUGCACCAACAAAAACCCAAUUUUGUACUGGCAUAAUAGACACUUUCAGCUAACCAGCGCUGUAUUCGGUUUUCCCCUAAUCUUUUUAAGACGCUCUUUGCGCAAGCAGUCUCGUUAUUUAAUAGCCAAACCUCGUAUAUCUGUACCAAAGCAAAUUUAAACAUUGCUCACAAAAAACAAUUCUGAGCUCGGUUAAUAGUAUCUAGAAAUUUGUUGGUACAAACUGGUGUACCGAUAAAUUUUUUACCGGUUUACUAACACUUGACACCGAUUAUUUUACACCAGCCAUGGAUAUUCGACGAUGGAAAUCAAUGUAUCUCCACCAUUGUUCAAAAUUGACAAUGAUAAUAACAUUUAAAUAUUAAUCAAUUAUUUAAAUUAUUACCUAUACUUCCCAUUUUCCGCUUAUUAAUAUUAGUAUAGUAUUCAUUUUGUUAAGUAAUUUUAUUGAAUUGUCGAUAUCACA